AGGAGGGGCAUCACGGGAGAGGACGUGCGGCCCGUUCCCACAGAAUUUUCUGACCCCCUCCUCACCUCACCGCCUCUCCCGAAACUCCUUCCCACGAAGCCAUGGCGUCCACCUCCAGAUCCGCGCGUUGCCCCACCGCGUGAACCCCAUCUCGGCCAGAUCCAGGGCGAGGCCGGCGGCGGACGGGCGAGGCCGGAGGCGGACGGCGGACGGGCGAGGGGCGAGGCAGGCCGGCGGCGGGGAACACAGCGGAGCCGGCGAAGGGGAAGGCAGAGGAGGGGGCAGCUGAAGAAACUUGCGAUUUGGAGUUCCUCGAUCUGAAGAAACUUGCGGUUUCCGACUUGGACUCAAGACAAUCUGGUCUGUACUUGUGAAUAUUUGGAUGCCUAUAAUUGAGUAAAUCAUGCGGGGAAAGCUUUGGAUGAGAUGUUCUCCCUUCCUUUCUAAACGCUAUGUCUCUACCUGUGGGACAACCUCCUCAUUAUCUCCAUCCACAUCGUACUCUUCAAUACAACCAUGGCUCUUUGUUGGUCUGGGUAAUCCCGGCGAGAAGUACCAAUCCACCAGACACAAUGUUGGGUUUGAUAUGAUAGACGCGUUUGCACAGUCUCAGGGCAUACCCCUGACCACACAUCACUUCAAAGCACUAUUUGGUGAAGGGAUGGUUGAUGGUGUCCCUGUUUUGCUUGCCAAGCCUCAAACAUAUAUAAAUCUCAGCGGUGAAUCUGCUGCUGCACUUGCUGCCUAUUAUAAAUUGCCACUUCACCGUGUCCUAGUGGCAUACGAUGACACAGACCUUCCGUGUGGAGUUCUCCGUUUACAACCUAAAGGAGGAUCUGGACGUCACAAUGGGUUGAAGAGUGUGAUCUACCAUUUCCGCAAGAACCGGGAAUUUGGUCGAUUAAGGAUUGGAAUUGGACGUCCUCCUGGUCAGAUGGAUCCCAAAGCUUUCGUGCUUCAGAAGUUUAAUAAGACUGCUCGUGAACGGAUUGACUCGGGCAUAAAAGAGGGUGUCGACAUCCUGAAGAUGGUGGUCACCAAGGGUUUGACGGAGGCGGCAAGGGUUUCAAAUGUGAAUCAGAAGUACAAGCAUCUGGUAUCAGAUGACCAGCAGCUGUAUUGAAGGGCGCGCUACACAAAAUUGUGGCAAGAUUAGCCAUAAAAACACUGAAGCCUGAUGAUGGUCAAGAAAAGCAUCUCCAUGCCAACUGGAAUGAGGUGAAGCUGGAGAACGUGGUAGAGAGUGGUCUAUACUGAACUGGAGCACUGUCGUCCCCUUGUACUACUAGUUCCGGUGGCUUGCAGUUAAACCAUACUCUUGUUUGAUAAAAAGAAAACGAAAAUAGCUCUCCUGACCCACCCACCACAAUACCGUUACUUUAAGAUAUGCGUAGUUCUUUUUUUUGCAUUUAA